AUGUUUAAACAAUUAUUCAAACCCACAACAACAACAACAACAACAACAACCUUAAUUAAACGUUUCAUGUCGGCCUCUACACCAAUUAAGAACUCACCAUUUAAAGCUAAAGUAACGUCAAUUGAACCUUUAACUAAUGGGAAAUGGAUUCAAACCAAAAAAAUCAAUUAUGAUGACCCUAAUGGUAAUUCUCGAGUAUGGGAAAUGGCCAUUAGAACAACAAGAUCAACUACAACUAAUAUAGAUGCUGUAUCAAUUGUAUCAAUCUUACAUAAUCAUGCAAACGAUUCUAAAGAAAUAGUGCUUGUUAAACAAUUCCGUCCACCAACUGAACAAGUAGUCAUUGAAUUACCAGCAGGAUUAAUUGAUCCUAAUGAAUCAAUAGAAUCUACAGCUAUAAGAGAAUUAAUUGAAGAAACCGGUUAUUAUGGAACGUUCAAAUCUCAAUCAAUUCCUAUAUUUAGUGAUCCGGGAUUAACUAAUGCCAAUAUGGUAUUAGCUUAUGUUGAUGUUGAUUUAAAUGAUCCUAAAAAUCAAUCACCACAACCAAAAUUAGAACCAGGUGAAUUUAUAAUCACUUUUACUUUACCUUUAAAUAAUUUAUUACAUUCAUUAGAAGAAAUUUGUGAAAAAGAAAAUUGUACUAUAGAUGCUAGAUUGUAUCAUUUUGCUAAAGGUUUAGAACUUGCCCAACAAUUGUAA